AUGAUGUGGCGUAUGCGCUGUCGCUCCAGGACAAUCUGUCUGUCCUUGGCCUUCAUCGCCAUUUUCCUCCACCUCCUCCUGGUGUUUGUCUCUCUUCCCAUUUACCACCAGCCUUGUAACCUCCCACUGCCACCCAGGACACAAAUCUUGAGAGACCUGGCAAGCGCAAACUACAACUCUGUGGGGAUCAGUGUUCCAGCUGAGCCACAGACUAAAACCACACAUAGAGAUUCUUCCAAUAAAGGUGCCAAUGAGGAUGCCAAAGGUCAUGCCAACCGAGCUGAAUCUGUGGAGUCUGGGCUGUCAAAGCUAGAGGCCCUGUUUGAACAUCCUCUUUACAAUAUGCCCAGCCCUUCUAUCCCUGAGGAGGACUGGCUUUUGAAAGUGAAAUCAAAGGUCAAGGCUAGUGAGAAGAGCUCCCAGAUGUGGGUGAGUGCUAGCCAGGAAGGCUACGACAACGUCGAGUGGAACAUCAGCAGUGAUAGCCAUCCUCCAUGGCUGCGCUUCCACCUGAGCAUCUCCCGCUGGCAGCUGUACCGUCAUCGGGACCCCAACAUGGAGCCACUGACCCGGCAGCUCGCCACAGACCGCAUUGUCAGUGCAGUGCAGAAGUCUGGAGGGACGCAACUUAAGCUCGUGAUGUCAUUUCCUAACUAUGGACAAGCCAUGUUUAAACCCAUGAAGCAGGCGAGAGAUGAAGAGACCAAUUAUAACCUCUUCUACUUCUCUGACUUUGAGAGACACAAUGCAGAAAUUGCAGCUUUUCACCUGGACAGAAUUUUGGGUUAUAGGAGAGUCCCUCCAGUGGUUGGGAGACUGGUGGAUGUGGUCAAGCAGAUCAAAGACGUCACUACCGACCACAAGCUGGCCCGAACCUUUUUUACCUCCCCUGUGGGUAAUGUGUGUUUCUAUGGCCAGUGCUCCUACUACUGUUCAACAGAGCACGCUGUGUGUGGCCGCCCCAGAAACCUGGAGGCCUCCUUGGCUGUCAUGUUGCCGGAUCUCUCCCUGGCGGCUCGCAGGACCUGGAGAUCCCCGUGGAGACGCUCCUACAGCCGCAGCAAGCUGGCAAUGUGGGAGUCAGACGCAAACUACUGUUCAACAGUGAAAAAGAGCCCGCCGUACGACAAAGGCACAAGACUAGUGGACUUCAUAGAUAUGGUCAUACUGGACUUCUUGAUGAGUAACAUGGACAGGCACCAUUAUGAAACUUUUGAGAAGUUUGGCAACAAUACUUUCCUACUACACCUUGACAAUGGGAGAGCAUUCGGGCGUCACUCCAAAGAUGAGCCUUCUAUCCUAACUCCUCUAAAACAGUGUUGCAGAAUCCGUCGAUCUACCUGGCUACGCCUCCGUCUGCUUUCUCUGCCUCAGUAUCGUCUCAGCGAUGUAAUGAGGGCCUCGCUCUCCCAUGAUCCUCUUCAUAGUGUGGCUGCACUGCUGUCAGAUCCCCACCUCGCUGCUCUCGAUCGGCGCUUGAAAACUGUGCUUAAGACUGUUAGUCAUUGCCAAAAGAGACGGAGUGAAGAUGGAGGUGAUGAUGAGGUCAUUUAUGACGACAUUAUCAACUUGAAAGAUAUGGUCACACCUGCUGGGUAGGAUGGCCUGAACCUCUGAUAACUGGUGACAAACAGUUUGAUAUUAGUUUUUGUAAUUUCUUGUUUGCAUUCUGUGACAAUAAUAAUUUCCCCCUAUGUUAAAAUACUGCUUUGACCGUCUUGACCUGUGUUGCUCCAUUUCAAAGUCGGCUUACAGAUAAUGUUAGAUGUACUUGUUUCAGUAAAAUCCCACAAUUUGA